AUGUACAUUCACAUACCUGAAAAUUUAACCACAAUACAAAAUAAUACCAAAAAUGCUCCGUUUCCAACCAACUUUACGGCACCAGUGGGACAGUUAAAUAAAAUUGGUCCGGUAUAUAAUGAUUGUUCUGGUUCUUUACCACAAAAUAAGCUAGAAAUGGAAAGUAUGAAAAAAAUAAACAGAGAUUGUUGGAAACUUCCAUUGCCCAAAUGGCCGUGGUGGAAUAAAGAGAAUUUACAAGUUUUCAAAGAGGAGCCCGAUAACUUAGAAUCCCUCUGGUUCAUGUUAUUUCUGUUAUUUAUUAUUUGCCUAUUGUUAUACAUGUUUGCUGCUGGUUUACAUCAAAAUCUUUUUUUAAAACAUAGAUAUAAUUUAGGGAAAAAAUAUGCUGGUGACAAGGAACAAAGGAAAUCUUUUAGAGAAGAGUGUCUAACGCUGAGGCAGAUUUUGGAAUUACCUCCAAAGCAAAGAGACAUUUAUUUGGAGUAUGCACAACUGCAAUUUGAAAAAGAAUAUAAUAUUACACAUGCUUUGUAUUUGAAGAAACACGAAAAAACAUUAGAGGAUAUACGAAUGGAAGCUCGAUUGGAAAGGGAAAGUAGUCAUAAGUGGAUAAAAAAAAUUACUGAGAAAAAAAUGAAAUUACUGCACUUUAAUAUGUUUGUUAAACAUAUUGGCAAGAAAAACACUAUCAUUGAAGAUAUGUGUUGA